AUGGCAGACAACAUCCAGGAUGAUGAGCUGUUCCCCAACUCUAUUCAGAUCGACCCGGAGGUGGUGAUGAAGACAUGCGGGUCACGUCUGAUGGUCCGGCUCAGUCGACAUGAGGCGAUCGCCGUCAAGGCCAUGGACGAUUUCAAGAGAGACUGGGCGGCCAUUGGCGGCAAGCCAUUUUAUGGCUGCACCGGUGGUGAUGGGCACAAUCUGGCUUCUCUCGGCCUUCCAGAGAGUCUUCCGGACCGCACUUAUGAUUUCAUGCGCUACACCGAGUACUAUUUUGCAAUUGAUGAAGCUAAUCAGCCCCGGGGGGCAUCGCAAACAGAUUCGCUUGUUGAGCUCGAAGCCGAGGAGGUGCAGAAGAUCAAUGACGCGAUGAUGGAGAUUCUGCCGGGCGAGUACACCAGCGCGUCCAACGUGACGAACUGGAAGAGUGCGGAGCGGCAGAUGCUGGCGGAGAUCUCCAUGAGCCUCGUCGAGCGGGAUCGCAAAAGGGCAUAUGCGUUCCUCAAGGCCACCCAGCGCUACCACAACUUCAACAAUCUCCGCAAGGACUUCAGUACAUAUACCUGGGACCAAUGGUGCCGCCGGCGCUGGGAGGACGGGGAUAGUUACGCAUUCCUCGCGUCAAUCCCGUACUUCUGCGGCCUCGACCUGACGCAGAAGGACUUCGAUGAGACACUUAUGCCCAUCGCCUGGCCCGGGAUGAUGUGCACCCUGCUCACAAACGAUCUCUACAGCUUCGACCCCGAGGUACACACCGAGUUUCUCGGCGACAACUUCUUCAACGCGGUCUGGUACUGGAUGAAAGCUCUGGACAUCACUGUCACGGAAGCCAAGGCGGUUCUGUUCGGCAAGAUCAAGGGAUGGGAGACCAAGUUCCUGGACGCCAAGACAGAAUUUCUGGCUUCCCACCCUGAUGCGCCCCUCGACUUCCGAAAGUACCUCGCAUACGUCGAGUGCAUGGUCGCUGGCAACUGGUUCUGGCACGGCACGAAUCCGCCCCGGUAUGCGCUUUGGAUGAACUUUGCUGAGUCUGGAAGGAGGAUGGUCGUCAUCAAUGAUCCCGCCAAGUACGAUCCGGACACCGCCAAAUGCGGGACCUUUAUCGAGAUCGAGCCGACCAAAGGUGGUACAACCAAGGCUCAUGGCGCUGUUAUCAGCAGUGUAAAAGCCGAUGAUGCUCCAGCAGAUGAUCCAACGACCUAUAGUGCAGCCCUCGGUGAUGGAACAGCCAAGGGUACAGCAGCCAAUGCUACAGUCAAUGGACCAACGACCAGUGGAGCAGCAACCAAUGGCGCAACAACCAACGGUGCAGCGGCCACGCCCAAUGGUACAGUCAACAGCGCAGCAUCGAAAGGUAAUACUCACAGUGCCCAUAGCCAAGAGAUUGUCCUCGCCCCCAUCGAGUACCUGAGGUCCAUGCCGUCGAAAGGCGUGCGCACAGUAAUGAUCAACGCGCUGGAUGUGUGGUGCAGUGUCCCUCCGAGCUCUCUCGUCCGCGUCGAGAAUGUCAUCUCCGCCCUGCACGACGCCUCUCUAAUGUUCGAUGACAUUGAGGACCGUUCACCCAUGCGCCGUGGGCUUCCUUCCACGCAUGCAGCUUUCGGGGUCUCGCAGACGAUCAACUCGGCAAACUUUCUGUAUGCCCUGGCUUUGUCUCAAGCGAUUGAGCUACCGAAUCCCAAGUCCAUUCAUGUGUUUUCCGAGGAACUCCAGACCAUGCACAUUGGGCAGGCCGCGGACCUCGAAUGGACGCAUUCCAGGCAUUGCCCCACUGUCGAAGAAUACAAGAUCAUGGUUCAGAACAAAACCGGGGGCCUUUUCCGCAUGCUGGCCGGGCUCCUGUGCUCUGAAGGACAGGCAGUAUUGAUAUCCAAGAAAGACCUCCUUGGCCUUAUGACGAUGCUGGGCGAGUAUUUCCAGGUCAGGGAUGACUACAUUAAUCUGUGCUCCAGCGAGUACCACUCCCAGAAGGGCUUCUGCGAAGACCUCGACGAGGGCAAAUUCUCUCUCCCGCUCAUCCACCUUCUUACGCACACGAAACGCCGGCAUCUGCUCGAAAGCCUGCUUUGCGAAUGCGCAUACCAUGGCAAUGGGAUGACGCUGGCGAUGAAGCAGCUGGUCUACAAAGAGAUGGAAAACUCUGGAAGCCUUGAUUUCACCAAGCGGCACCUGGUAGAGCUGGAGUCGAUGAUCCUGCGCCAGAUUGCGGCCCUGGAGCAGCAGGCCGGCGCGAAAAAUUAUGUGCUUCGUCUCGUCUUUGAUAAGCUGAGGGUUGAAUGA